AUGGUUAAAAGAGAAAUAAAGGAAAAAUUCCCUUUUUCUGGUAUAGAAAAGUAUGUUGAAGGUGUAUUUAGAAAACACGUAUUCGACCUUCCUUUAUUGCACGAUGCCAACAUUUAUCCUCAAGUACACGCGACUAUGAAUGAUUGGGAACUAACUUCAACUGAAAAUGCCAUGCCUUAUUUACCUUCACAACAAGAUCCUGUUAAACUUACCUUGGGAAUUCAUGACUUGACUAAUAUCUCUUUACCUACUUUUUCAUCUACCAAUAUUAAUAAAUAUAUGCGAUACAAACGAGGACAUAUAUUCAACACAGGCAGCAACGUAUGUAGUUUGGACUUUGCACCAAAAACAACUCUUAUUGACAGCAAUCCUUUGAUUCACUUUUUGGCAACAGGUGGAUAUAAAGAACGAAAUGAAUUACACUCCUUUGAAACACAACAACAAGGCUAUCAAAAUUGUAUACAACUAUGGAAUUGUGAUCUGAAUACAACAAGAUCAGAAGAUCAAGUAUCAGCUCCUCAUUUGGAUCUAUGUCUUUUACAUGAUUUUGGUCAUGUACGUGCUUUGAAAUGGUGUCCUUAUGGUGCUUAUGAAGAAAACCUUGAUAGUGAUAUGGAUGACAAUUCUUCUAUACCGAAGCUUGGUAUAUUGGCUGCUUGUUUUGGUGACGGUACUGUUCGUAUAUUGGUGAUUCCACAUCCUGAUAUUUUGAGAUCUAGACUUGAUAUUAAUCAUCAGGAACCUAUCUACUGUAAGUUCUCUCUUCUUUGA